CAAGAGGAGGAUCUGCAAAGGGGGAGAGAGAGAAAACAAGGACUCGUUCUUGUUCGCCCAACUCUCUUCUCUCCUCUGCUGAGCAUCACAUAGGGGAGGCAGGACCAGAGGAGAGCAUCUCUGGCUUAUUUUUCUACUUUGUUUGUUCUGCAUUGUUUUGAGAGGAGAAGACAGGAGAGGGGCUGAUACCGUUGUAGUAUCUCUCCAGUAGAGCUGUUAAAGAGGAGCAAGGAUGCUUAACAACCUGACCGACACAGAGGAAGGGGACGGGGGACCCAACAGCCAGGGUGAUGGGAACCCCAAGGAGAGCAGCCCUUUCAUCAACAGCAGUGAAGCCACAGAGAAAAGCCAGCAAUACGAUGGCAAACAUAUGGCUCUGUUUGAGGAGGAGAUGGAGACCAGUCCCAUGGUAUCGUCUAUGCUCAGUAGUCUGGCCAACUACUCCAACCUCCCCCAGGGCAGCAAGGAGCACGAGGAGGAGGCCGACAAUGAGGAGGAAGACAAAAAGAAGAAGAAACCUGUCAAGGCUCCAGCGCUGGGGACCCUGAUGGGAGUGUACCUCCCCUGCAUCCAGAACAUCUUCGGGGUGAUCCUGUUCCUGCGGAUGACCUGGAUGGUCGGCAUCGGAGGAGUCAUUGGCUCCUUCAUCAUCGUCUUCAUGUGCUGUUCCACUACCAUGCUGACUGCAAUCUCAAUGAGUGCCAUUGCUACCAAUGGAGUCGUGCCAGCUGGAGGAUCCUACUACAUGAUCUCCCGUUCUCUGGGGCCUGAGUUUGGGGGUGCUGUGGGCAUUUGUUUCUACCUCGGGACAACGUUCGCUGGGGCCAUGUACAUCCUGGGGUCCAUCGAACUCUUACUGAUCUACAUCCUUCCCCAGGCGGCCAUUUUUAAGAUGGAGGGUCUGGAGGGGGCCGAGGCGGAGGCGGCGAUGCUGAACAACAUGCGUGUGUACGGCACUAUUGUGCUCAGUUUCAUGGCCACGGUGGUGUUCGUGGGGGUCAAGUACGUCAACAAGCUGGCCCUGCUUUUUCUAGCCUGCGUCAUACUCUCCAUCCUGGCCGUGUAUGCCGGAGUCAUCAAGACAGCCAUCGAACCGCCUGACUUCCCAGUCUGUAUGCUUGGGAAUCGCCCGCUGAUCUCCAAAGGGUUCGAUGUGUGCGCCAAAACACUGGAGAGUGGCAACGGCACAGUCACCACCAAGCUGUGGAAGAUCUUCUGCGAUACUCCCUUCCUCAACGCCACCUGUGACGAGUACUUUGCCAACAACAACGUGUCCUUCAUCCAGGGCAUCCCUGGGGUCAUGAGCGGCAUCCUCAAAGAGAACCUAUUCGGGAAUUACCUGGAGAAGGGCAAUCUGGUGGCCAAGAUCGGGAUUGCGACCGUGGAGGGCCCCGAUGAUACUCUGACCAACUCCAACCGCUAUGUCCUGGCCGACAUCACCAGCUUCUUCACCCUUCUGGUUGGCAUCUACUUCCCCUCCGUGACAGGGAUUAUGGCCGGAUCCAACCGGUCUGGAGAUCUGCGUGACGCGCAGAAGUCCAUCCCCAUCGGCACUAUCAUGGCCAUCACCACUACCUCACUCGUGUACAUGUCCGCUGUGGUCCUGUUCGGUGCCUGUAUCGAUGGAGUGGUACUAAGGGACAAGUUUGGAGAGGGAGUUAAUGGCAACCUGGUCAUUGGCACCUUGGCCUGGCCAUCCCCGUGGGUGAUUGUAAUUGGCUCCUUCUUCUCCACCUGUGGAGCGGGGCUUCAAAGCUUGACGGGCGCCCCACGUCUCAUGCAGGCCAUCUCCAGGGAUGGUGUCGUGCCCAUCCUACGGGUGUUUGGCCAUGGGAAGGCCAAUGGGGAGCCCACCUGGGCCCUGCUGCUGACCGCCUGUAUCUGUGAGAUAGGGAUCCUCAUUGCCUCCCUGGACGCAGUGGCCCCCAUCCUCUCCAUGUUCUUUCUGAUGUGCUACAUGUUUGUGAACCUGGCCUGUGCCUUGCAAACCCUCCUGAGGACGCCUAACUGGAGGCCGCGCUUCAAGUUCUAUCACUGGGCCCUGUCCUUCCUGGGCAUGAGUCUGUGUCUAUCGCUCAUGUUCAUCUGUUCCUGGUUCUAUGCCAUUGUUGCCAUGGUGAUCGCUGGCAGUAUCUACAAGUAUAUUGAGUUCCAUGGGGCGGAGAAAGAGUGGGGUGAUGGGAUACGAGGCAUUUCUCUCAGCGCCGCCCGAUAUGCUCUGAUGAGGCUGGACGAGGGGCCGGCGCACACCAAAAACUGGAGGCCUCAGCUGCUGGUGUUGGUCAGUACGGAUGUGGAGCAGAAUGUGGAGCAGCCUCGCCUGCUCUCGCUGACCAAUCAGCUGAAAGCGGGCAAAGGGCUGACCAUUGUGGGCACUGCCUUGGCAGGCACCUAUCUGGAGAACCACCCCCAGGCCCAGCGGGCAGAGCAGUCUCUGCGUAAGCUGAUGGAGACAGAGAAGGUGAAGGGCUUCUGCCAGGUCACCAUCUCGUCCAACAUGCGCGACGCCACCUCCCACCUGCUCCAGGCCAGUGGGCUGGGCGGUCUCAUGCACAACACGGUGCUGGUCAGCUGGCCACGCAACUGGAAGCAGGCUGACGACCACCAGACCUGGAGGGACUUCAUUGAGCUGGUUCGGGAGACCACAGCCGCUCACCUAGCCUUGCUGGUGCCCAAGAACAUCGCUGCCUUCCCUUCCAAUGGAGAGCGCUUCUCAGAGGGCCACAUUGAUGUGUGGUGGAUUGUCCAUGAUGGAGGCAUGCUGAUGCUGCUGCCUUUCCUUCUGCGCCAGCACAAGGUGUGGAAGAAAUGCAGGAUGCGCAUCUUCACCGUGGCCCAGAUGGACGACAACAGCAUCCAGAUGAAGAAAGACCUGACCACCUUCCUGUACCACCUGCGUAUCGAUGCCGAGGUUGAAGUGGUGGAAAUGCAUGACAGCGAUAUCUCAGCCUACACCUAUGAGAAGACCCUGGUAAUGGAACAGCGAUCGCAGAUCCUCAAACAGAUCAACCUGACCAAGACGGAGCGAGAGAGAGAGAUCCAGAGCAUCACAGACUCAUCCCGCGGAUCCAUCCGGCGUAAGAACCCAGGAGCUGCAACCACCCAGAUGAGUGUGACCGAGGAACAGCCCGGUGGGAGCAGCAAGGAGGAGGAGAAACCCGAGGAGGAGUCUGUCUCUGUCUCUGUCGCUGUGUCCCCUCCCCCUCAGGUCCAGCUUAUCCAUGACAGCACCACCCCGGCCAGUCCCAUCAACCCGGCUCCCCUGACCCCGGCCACCGAAGGGGGAGCCCAGACCCCAGGGUCUGCCCAGGUCCAGAUGACCUGGACGGAAAAGGCCGAUGGUGAGCUGGCCAAGCCGCCUGGCGCCUCCACACCGGAGGGUAUCAAAGACAUCUUCAACAUGAAGCCAAACCAGUCCAAUGUGAGACGCAUGCACACAGCACUGAGGCUGAAUGGUGUCAUCGUGAAGAAAUCCUCAGAGGCCAAGCUGGUGCUCCUUAACAUGCCCGGGCCGCCCAAAAAUCGAGCGGGCGACGAGAACUACAUGGAGUUCCUGGAGGUCCUGACUGAAGGUCUCAACAGGGUUCUCCUGGUUCGCGGUGGCGGUCGUGAGGUCAUCACCAUCUACUCUUGAGAGAGCAACCCCCCCCCCCAAGUCCAUGAUUCCCCCCCCUUCCAUUUGUUUCUGUCAGACACUCCGCUCACACCCAAGCAAUACCCCAUCUCACCUUGCUUCUCUUCACGCUAUCUUCUGUUUGCCUUAAAACACACUCUCACACACACACAAACACAGAAUCUAUUCAGACUAGUAGGAUGCUAUUUAGAUUACCUCACACACUUUAGAGCCUUUUCCGGUCCUAUAAGAUGUCAGAGGUAGCCUCUUUUAGCUUCAUAUCCAGACCACAUAUCAUCUAGAGCAGAUGGCUCAGAGACUUCGCCUCCUCCUGUCCAUGACCCAAAUAACCUACAAAGGAAAGGUUUAGUCCACUUCCAAUUCACCCAGCAAGAUUAUCAAUCAGUACUCUGAAAUGAAAUAGCGUGAAAUACUGCCCUCUGCUGAUUGCAGGUAGCCAUCACUGUCCAGUUCCACACCCUUUGUGCUAUUCAUAGCUGCCUAUUGGUCAAUCCACUGGUCAUUUGGUUAUGGAGUCAAGGAUACAGAGGGUUAGGUGAGCUGGGUUGUUCAGUGUGAUGUGUGUGUCUGUGUGUGUUUAAGACUGCGUUUGCACAGGUAGCCCAAUUAUGAUGUUUUCUUCAGUAAUUGGUCUUUUGACCAUCAGAUAAGCUCGGAAAAAGAUCUGAUAUGCUUGGUCAAAAGACCAAAUAUCAGAAUUGGGAUUCCUGUGUAGACGCAGCUUAAGUGUCUCAUUCAUCCGAUUGUGGUUUGUUAUGAGGGGAUGUUUUAGAGUGCCAUCGAUUUGGAGUCACCUACCUAUCAACAUGGAGUAGCCUAACGCAAGACUGAACAGUGGUCAGUGGAGAACUGAGGAUGUUGACGUUGUGUAGCUAGUCGUGUAUAUAAGACCCUGCGAAACCACAGCGAAGAGAGAAUACGAAAAGAGUCCUGUGGGAAACCCUGUUCAUUAAGUGCGGAGAUGACCACCGUUGAGAAAGACUGCUACCCAUGGUCAUGGUUGGUGGUUUGAAGAGAACUUGGUCAUUCUUUUAAUCAGGGUAAGUUGUGAACGAAGGAACAAAGUUUGGAGGAAGAUGGGAGAGAAACGAACAAGCCUCCGUGAUGACAUAGAUCGUGCUCUAUGAACUUUGACCUCAUCUUGAGUACUCUGCAACAUGUCGUCCUCAUGUCGCUGUACUUUGUUUUUGCUCUCGCACUGUCAUCAUAUUUAUACUUCUCCAUUUUCCCCCUUUCUAAGUGUCUAUGUGUCCCGUCUAGAUCCAGCCACUGUUAGUGCCAAAAACAACCAGGCUAACUUGAUUUAAGAUAUUGAUACGUUGUUAGACUGUGAGGAGCGUUCUUAGCGGAAAGGUCGUCUGACAGAAAAGCAGGGGCUCUUUCUCAAUGUUCUUUCCUUGAUUCCUACUAUCCCCUUUGCUCGCCUCCUUGGACAGAGGAGAGACAAAGAAUCGAGGAAAGACAAUUGAAAAAGAGCCCCUGCUCUUAUGUCAGACGACCUUUCCACUAAGAACGAGAAACUGAAAAGAGACGGGGAAAUAUUAUGAGCAGUGAGUUCAUCAUUGUCAGACACCCACACCCCUUGACCCCAGUGUGGAUCACUGUAAAUAGUGUAAAAGCUCUGAUGCGUUGUUAAUUAUGAGUGUAGUAUGUUUGUGACUUACUAAAAAGCUUCUAGUGGAGAAAAUGUUCCUUCUCUCAAAGGGUCGGUUCAAAACUGCUUUUGGAUGGCUUAGGCUCCUAUCACUAUGGUAACUGUCACUGUAUCCCUAACGAGUACUGCACCUGCACUGUCCCCCACUGUGCAACAGGUGAUUUAAUGAAUUUACCAGUUCAUUAAAUGAACAUUUUUCCACCUAGAAAACAAAAUGAUGUUUAUGUUUAUAGACAAAAGUUAUGCAUAUUUAUAUAAUAGAGAUAUAAUUUUAAUUAUCGCAAAAAAAUAUAUGUUGUUUUGCCAAAUUUAGUAAUGUUUACAUGUGCCAUAUAAAAAAAUAUUUUUAAAAUGAAAUCGAUCUAUGAAAGUCUAAUAUUGAUUUAAAGUACAAAUUGUGCAUUAGGUUGAAGGGUUAGUGUGGGGUUAGUGUGCAAUUAAAUAGUAAUAGAUAUAAAAAGUGAUGGAAUGGAAAAGGGUUACACAGCUAUGAAACUCACCCCAUCUGUAACACUGAACCCUAUGCAGUAUAAUCCAAAUAUGUGAUUUCGUAUCCACAAAAUUGGCACAGAUUUGAGCCAAUAUGUAUGGCCCUGACAAUGAAUGGAUUAUUAGCUAAUUACAACAAAGACAUAUACAUAAGUGCAUUUUGAAAGGAAUGUGCAAUAGCUGAAAUUUGGUCUCACAUAUUCAUGUUAUUUAUUUUUUUACUCAUCUAUUUUGUAUGUAGAUUUCAUAUGUCUAAGGAAUUUAUUAAUAUAUCACAAUGACAACUAUCAUCAUGUAUUUAUUUUGUGUUUUGAAAGUCACUUGCACUUGUAGUGGAACUAUGAAAAAAUAUAUAUAAUAUAUAUAUAUAUAUAUAUAUAUAAUAGAGGGUUCAAAACAACAAAUUAAACUAGUUUAUAGAGCUGUUGAACCCAGUAUUUAUGUUUAAAGUGUUGUUUGAAAGUCAGACUCAUAUGUUGUGAAUUCUGCUAGUAUUAGAGUUAUUUGUAAAUGAACACAUCUAAAGGAACAUAUAAAAGAUAUCAGUAAAAGGGUAGGCAUAUAUAGAAAUACAUAUCAAUGCUGGUGGUUUGUCUCCUCCAAGACUUGACCCGGCUUUACCUAUUAACUAUUGACCUGAGAGUCUUUCUGGACAGGAGUCAUUUUCAGCUUUGGAAGAGAACAUUCCUGAAUAUAUUAUACAGUAUCUUGAGGCAAUACUUAUACCAUUAGGGUGCAAUUUGUUUGGGAGUCCGGGGGCAGUCCCCCCCCUCCCCAGUGUUUUUUUUAAUUAUUUUCACAAAUGGCACUCUUGAUUAUUCCAUCUUCUUCAAUCCACAUUUAGUCUAGAGAAACUCUUAGCCCAGACUGCAACUUUGAACGUUUUAUCAAGUUGAAUUGACAACAGUCGUGCAAUAAAGUGUUGUUAGAACUUAAAGAUAGUAAAGUUCUUUGUUUUACAUUUUGAUUGAUGUGUGAAAUGUUAACUGCAAUUCACUGGUAGUUCUCUGCCAGUUACAUCAGAUCUCUUACAAGAGCAAACUCUAGCGACUGGUCUCGCCACUGCUAGUUUUUACAUAUGGCCAAUAUAUGACUACAACCAUAUGACUCUCUCCUAUUAUUACACAGUUUGAUUAAUAGACACUCAUAUCAACUUUCAAAAUACUUGGCUAUUUUGGAAUUUUACUACAACAUUGCCUGCAUUGACUGAGCCUUUAAUCUAUUUAUAAAGAAAAUAUCUCAAAUGUUGGUGAAAAAAGGAUUUAUGGGAAAUUAGUUUGUUUGAAUUUCCAAUGUGUUUUAUAAUUACUGUUUGCAUGGUCUUAUGUGGACAUAUUUGUUUCAGUGGUAUAUGGUGUCAUGACUUAUAUGUACAAGGCAAGUGGUUUGGAAGGGGAGUGUCCUCCAUCUACACUAGGGCUCCCUUUGGGGGUCUGUGAUUAAACUACAAGACGUUGCUUUGGUCACAGAAAUAAUAACUUGAGAAUGAUUGCCUCGUGGUUACAUAGUUAGACAUUGAAAACAAGUAUUUUGCAAAAAAAAGUAUAAGUUCACAAUAUUGUUGUCAAUCUUGCUAAAUUAAUGUUGCGUAACGUAAUAUGAGUUUAUGCGUUGAAUAGAUGGGCCUGAGAGAUGUUCCUUUUGCUUUGUAUAUAACACUGCAGUCAAAAACAGUAGCCUAUGGCGAUGUUUGUUGUCCUUUGUUGUACACUGUUUUAUCACUGUGGACAAAGUCUUAGCAUUUUGUAAGAUUAUGUGCAAUAUUGUUUUUUACUUGGGGAAUCAUUUUUCAUUUGGUUGUAUAACAUUGUUGUUUUUCAUUGGAACACAUUAACAACUGACAAGUUGGUGGUGUGCUCAUUAGAAUGUUUAGAGCCAGGUCUUAUGGACCAUAAAGUUAUUUUGUGUUCAUCUCCUCUGUGGUGGCUGAGACAGAAAAGCACUUUAUCUAGAGCUAACACUUGUUGUAAUUGAAGGUUAGAGGACAUAAUCAGUGUUUAAUAAAAACUACCUUGCCCAGUUUA